UUUGAAUAUUUGAUUUUAUUUAAUAAAAAUGAGUAUAUUGAGAAGAAUAUCAGAAAAUCGAAGAAUAUCUGAAAUGUAUAUUAAUUAUAACUGUGAUAGCUCUAGAGCUUCAACUGUGAUAAACUUUUAUAAACCAUUUACGGAUAGAAAAUUAUAACGUAUUUUGAUCUUAGAAUAUUUGGGAACAACGUUAUUCGGGAUAGGAUUAUAGUCAGCAAAGGAUGAUUUCUAAAUUUAAUUGGUGAUAUUCUUUUGUAAGUAUAUAAAAUUAUUAGAAAACAGCAAUGUUAUUUUCUGCAAGACAUAGUGGAGCACAUUAUCAUAUAGCAGUGACAUUAAUAUUAAUGUUUAGGCCUCAUUAUCCUAUAAAUAGAUUUAGAGGAGUGUUGUAAAUAUUAGUUGGCAUACUUGGCUUUAUGACAGGAGCUUAUUGUGGGUAUAAUAUAUUGAAUAAUUUGUUACCUAUUAACAGGUCAUAUUUCAAGUCCAAGACUUUAGAGCCAUGAAUAUAAUUGGAUUGUAUCUGAUCUUUUUGGAGAAAUAUUAGCGACAACAUCCUUUUAGU